AUGGACGCCCGUCGUCUGCCGUGCAGCAGAUUCAUGGAACUCACUCGUCAACUCUCCCAUGACUCUUCAGUCGACACUCCUCCCGAUUUCUGUGAAUUGAUGGAUGCGAGUCACCGGUUUCCUCGCGCAAUAGACCCGGCGGAUGGCCAUCUACCUCACGACGAUUUCUGCCUGGACUCUCAAGCAUCGGUCUACUCUGCCGAGUCUCCCAAGCCGUUCAAGAUGCCGUCUAAUGCUUUCAAGACAUCGCCAUCGAGUACUUAUACCAUGGCUUCUCUGAUGGGGUACGCCGUCCAGCCACAGUCACAAGCUCAGCACGGCAAUUCCACCCCCGCCGAGUCACCCUCAGUUGCCGAACCCCAUUUCUCCUUUUCCUGGGACACCUAUUUCAAUGAUACCCUUGCCGACGCUUCUAACUCUAUUCGUUCUGGUAAAGAUGCCUUGCGUCAGACGGAGAAAGACUGCGACGAUGAUUGCAGAUCAAUGCUGUCGUGCACAUCUGCUUGCGGCAUAAGCUGCCCGAGUCAAUGCGGAGAUUCGGGCCAAGGCAUGUGUUGCGACGACGAUGCGUGCGAUGAUCAAGAGCUCUGUCUUGAUGAGAUGUGUGAGGAUGCAGUCACCCCCUGUACGGAUGCGAACUGCUCAGGCCUCGCCAAGCUUGGGCAACUGCCUCUCGAGCCUGGCUUUUCAGACGGCGACAAGCAGGCUGCAGCUGCCCUCGCUGCCAUCGGAGACACGCAGUUGGAACUCAUGCCCGGCACCUAUCAGCAGUUUACUCCAGACUCGACAUUCGGAUCUCACUCUUGUUUCUCAGGGGCAGCAUGCAGCCAUACUUUCCCGCAUACCUUCUUCCAGACGACGACCGAUGAUGGCUUGGCUGGUCAGUUUUGGGAGCAUCUUAGUCAAGAAGAUCCUCUCACGACUCACAUUCUGCAGUACCACGACCCUAGGCAUGUCGUGGACCAUGCUCGUCCAUGUAUUGCAGACAAUCCCAAUCUCACCAUUCCAAAGUGUGCCCUUCCAAAAACCAUAAACGGCGAUUUUCUAAGCCAUGGCCUGGGACAUAACUCACAGGAUUUUGCGUGUGGUUUCGAAGUCAACUCACUUGACCAGUUCGCUAAUCACAUCUUCGAGGACCAUUGGUAUAUGCACAUGCCAAACUCCGGCCUUGGGAACCUUUCCCAGCCGUCGCAACUGGAAAACAACUUCUCCUUGAUACCCAGCCGACCCAGUCUCACACCAUCAUACUCUUCAAACGUACCUUCAACAAAUGAUAUACAGCUCACAGCGCCGGACUCGUCCCUACAGAGCCUACCAGUGGUCUCACAACUUUCACCUCCCCCUACCUCGCAAACGACAAGUCCUCCCCCACAGCCCGAGGAGUCUUCUACGGAGUCUCAAGCAGAAUCGCAAUUAGAAUCACUGGCAUCUGAGUUGACUCCAAUUUCAACACCCGAUCUGGAACCCGUGGUCGAACAUACUUGUCUAUGGAAGUCAUCGGAUGGCAAAGUCUGCCAUAUGCAGUUCAAAGAUGCUGAUGACUUGCAUAACCACACGAAGAAUGACCAUCUGAAGGAUAUGACUCGGCAACACCCAGGAUUUCGCUGCCAAUGGGAGAACUGUACCAGAGCGACGGUGUUUGGCCAGAAGAGCAAGUUGGAACGCCACAUACAAACUCACACAGGGUACAAGCCAGUGAAAUGUUCCAUUUGCGGCCUGCAGCUGUCGGCAAAGCAGUCGCUCGACCAGCACAUGAGAGUGCACACCGGCGAGAAGCCUUGGAAAUGCAAGUUUCCGGGAUGCUCGCAUGCCUUUAAACAGCAGAGCGCACUUACCAUGCACGAGCGAACACACACUGGAUACAAGCCUCUGAGAUGCGACAUAUGCGGCAAAUCGUUUGGGGAGUCGUCGAAUCUUUCCAAGCAUCGUCGAACACAUAAUGAGAGGGGCGAGCACUCUUGUCCCAUCUGCAACAAAGACUUUAACCGCCUGGACCAGCUGAGACGCCAUUUAUACAGCAACCACAAGUGCAAGCCGGAUGAGGCGGAAUCUAUCGCAAAGGCAAAUAAGGCCAAGUUGGGCAAGGGACCGAGGUGA